AUGGCCACCACGGUGACCUGCACCCGCUUCACCGACGAGUACCAGCUUUACGAGGAUAUUGGCAAGGGGGCUUUCUCUGUGGUCCGACGCUGCGUCAAGCUCUGCACCGGCCAUGAGUAUGCAGCCAAGAUCAUCAACACCAAGAAGCUGUCAGCCAGAGAUCACCAGAAGCUGGAGAGAGAGGCUCGGAUCUGCCGCCUGCUGAAGCAUUCCAACAUUGUGCGUCUCCAUGACAGCAUCUCCGAGGAGGGUUUCCACUACCUGGUCUUCGAUCUGGUCACUGGUGGGGAGCUCUUUGAAGACAUUGUGGCAAGAGAGUACUACAGUGAGGCUGAUGCCAGUCACUGCAUCCAGCAGAUCCUGGAGGCCGUUCUCCAUUGUCACCAAAUGGGGGUUGUCCACAGAGACCUCAAGCCUGAGAACCUGCUCCUGGCCAGCAAGUGCAAGGGGGCUGCAGUGAAGUUGGCGGACUUCGGCCUGGCCAUCGAGGUGCAGGGGGACCAGCAGGCAUGGUUUGGUUUUGCUGGCACACCGGGUUACCUGUCCCCUGAGGUCCUUCGGAAGGAGGCAUAUGGCAAGCCUGUGGACAUCUGGGCGUGUGGAGUGAUCCUGUAUAUCCUGCUGGUGGGCUACCCGCCUUUCUGGGAUGAGGACCAGCAUAAGCUGUACCAGCAGAUCAAGGCUGGGGCCUAUGACUUCCCAUCCCCUGAGUGGGACACUGUCACUCCUGAAGCCAAAAACCUCAUCAACCAGAUGUUGACAAUUAACCCUGCCAAGCGCAUCACAGCCCAUGAAGCCCUGAAGCAUCCAUGGGUCUGUCAACGUUCCACAGUGGCCUCCAUGAUGCACAGACAGGAGACCGUGGAGUGUUUGAAGAAGUUCAAUGCCAGGAGGAAGCUCAAGGGGGCCAUCCUCACCACCAUGCUGGCCACAAGGAAUUUCUCAGUGGGCAGACAGACCACCGCUCCGGCCACAAUGUCCACCGCGGCCUCCGGCACCACCAUGGGGCUGGUGGAACAAGCCAAGAGUUUACUCAACAAGAAGGCAGAUGGAGUCAAGCCCCAGACAAACAGCACCAAAAACAGUUCGGCCAUCACCAGCCCCAAAGGGACCCUCCCUCCUGCUGCCCUGGAGCCUCAAACCACCGUUAUCCAUAACCCAGUGGACGGGAUUAAGGAAUCUUCUGACAGCACCAACACAACCAUAGAGGAUGAAGAUGCUAAAGGCCCCAGGGUCACUGAUGUCCUAAGCUCGGUGAGGAGAGGCUCGGGAGCCCCAGAAGCUGAGGGGCCCCUGCCCUGCCCAUCUUCAACUCCUAUUAGCCCCCUGCCAGCCCCAUCCCCCAGGAUCUCUGACAUCCUGAACUCGGUGAGAAGGGGCUCAGGAACCCCAGAAGCCGAGGGGCCCCUAUCAGCAGGGCCUUCACCCUGCCUGUCUCCGGGUCUCCUAGGCCCCCUGCCCACCCCGUCCCCCAGGAUCUCUGACAUCCUCAACUCGGUGAGGAGGGGCUCAGGUACCCCAGAAGCUGAGGGCUCCCUGCCAGUGGGCCCCCCACCUUGCCCAUCUCCGACUCUCCCUGGCCCCCUGCCCACCCCGUCCCGGAAGCAGGAGAUUAUCAAAACCACAGAGCAGCUCAUUGAGGCCGUCAACAAUGGUGACUUUGAAGCCUAUGCGAAAAUCUGUGACCCAGGCCUGACCUCAUUUGAGCCUGAAGCUCUAGGCAACCUGGUCGAAGGGAUGGACUUCCACAGAUUCUACUUUGAGAACCUGCUGGCCAAGAACAGCAAGCCGAUUCACACGACCAUCCUGAACCCACAUGUGCACGUCAUUGGUGAGGACGCAGCCUGCAUCGCCUACAUCCGCCUCACACAGUACAUCGACGGGCAGGGCCGGCCCCGUACCAGCCAGUCCGAAGAGACACGUGUGUGGCACCGCCGUGAUGGCAAGUGGCAGAAUGUGCACUUCCACUGCUCGGGAGCACCUGUGGCCCCACUGCAGUGAGAGCUGCGCCUGUUUCACCGGACAGAGUUGGUGUUUGGAGCCCGGCCGCCCUUGGGCGCACGGCCUGCCUGUCGCAUGUUUGUGUCUGCCUCGCCCCCUCCCCUGGUGCCUGUGUCUGCAGAAAACAAGACCAGACGUGAUUUGUUUUUAAAAAUAAGAUGACGACAACGACAACCACUCAAAAAAAUUUGACAUCGGAUGAAAUGGGAAAAGGAAAGAAAAAAAAAAAAAAACUAAAGAAAGGAAAAGCUGUAAAAAUCUGGCAUUUGUGGGGUCGCUCCCCACCCAAGCUCCACGUGUGUCCGUUUCGCUCCUGGCCUUGGGGAGCCCUUGGGGCAUGAACAUACCCACGAGGCCCCCACGCGUGCUGAACGGUGUUAGUCUGUAGGUAUCGCACUCACCCCACACCUCAGGCAUCUGCAUCCUCCCGCCAACGCAUGGGCCCUGUGUGUGCUGCCUGGCUGUUGUGGUGUCAGGUGUCUUGGGGAGGGUUGUGGGGCCACUGGGCUGCCUCCUUUCCCGCUAGUCGUGCCUGAGAGUUGCUGCUGUUCCUGCUUUCCCUUCCCUUCCCUCAUCCCUGUGAAGGGCUGGGUGUGGGCUUCCUCAAGUCACUAUCCAGCAUGGAUAGCCCCUCGCCCCUUGAGCGUGCAAGAGACCACCGCCCCCAAGGCUACCAGAGAAGCUUCAAGGGCCCUGGGCUCCAGCUCUGGUCCUUUGAGGAGUGAGGUGUGGAAGGGUAAAAUUUGCCUCCAGGCCUUGUGCCUGGCAAGAGGACACUUUGGCUGCAGCUCUGAUCUGUCCAGCUGUGGAGAGGGGAAUCAGCCAAAGGCUGGCCUCCCUGUUGUUUGGAGCACCUGUCCCUUCCCUGCUGGCCAGCAGCAGAACAACAAUGGCCCUCCCUCAGCCUGGGCAGCUGGGAGCAGACCUUACCAAGGACUGUGGGUCUGGAAUCCCUGAUGGACAAUGGAUGCUGGGAGCAGGCCAGGCUGCAUCUGCAGAGAUGGGGAACUGCGGGGCUCAGGGCUGGGUUGAAUGACACAGCAAGUUUGAAAGAGGGGUAAGAAGGUGCUGGGCUUCUGCCUGGGCAGGGAUCUGAGUAGUUGUUUGCUGACGUAGAAGUACUUUCAUUACCUGGGCCUGGAGCAGAAGUCUCUGUGGGAGCCGUCCAGGAGCACGUGGAAGGCCAAGGGUGGUGGUGGGCCAGGGAUGCAGCCUAAAGAGGUUAGGCUGGGGGCAAGAUGUAUGGGUGUGGGGCUAGACACUGAUGGGUGGAGGGAGGAUCCCUAGGGACAAUGUGCUGCCUCCAGGGGCCGGUGGUGCUCCCAGGUAUAGUUGCCUGGGCUCACUGUGAGGUGGUCCCGGCCCCUUAUGAUGGUGGGCGCCACGGCAAGGCUAAAGACAGAGUCCCAGGGCAGUUGGGCCAGGGAAGGUGGGUCUGAAGCCAGAUUGGUAGGAGUGGGUAGGAGCCUUGAGUGCAGAGGUGCAAGAGCCUCCACCCCAAUGCUGCCCACCUUCAAUUCACGUCAUUUUUCAACAAGGAUUUUCUUUAUCUUCCCCCACAAAUCAAGUCAAGGGAGGGGCACAGAGUGGGGGACAGGACACAGGAUCCUAAACUCCAAGGGGACUGCCCACCCAUGGACACUCAGUGGACACCACCUUUCGUCCAUACUGUGCCCAGGACAGCUGUCCUCAUCCAUGGACACAGGGUAAACAUCUGCCAGGCUCCGCGCGAGUGGCUCAGGCCACAGGACAGCGGCAGGGCUUGCCAUGGACAGCGUGCAGCCCCGCGGCCGGCCACCCUGGCGUCCUGGGGCCUCCUCCCCAUUUCUCCCACUCACCUUGUUAUCUCCACGGAGCUGCCUGUCUGGGAUAAUUUGGGGAUUUUUUUUUUCUGGGGGAUAAUUCUUUUGCAUGACCCUCUCUAAAGAGCAGGACACACCUGCUCUGCUAGCUAGGUGUUUGCGGGUGGUGGCGUUGGCCGCUGGCCAGUGCUGCAGGGAGUCACUGCCUGCAGUGCUGGCGGCCCCUUCCUCUUCUCUCUUUUUGCUGAGUUUCAUUGUCUUUUCUUUCUGAGCCUUGUAGGUGUACAAAA